GGAAAGCAGCAGUGUCCUCUGAGAAUCAAACACAAACCGACCGAUUCCAGCAGGUGGCAGACUUCCUGCACAAACAGUGCAGAUAUAAUGCAGACGGUGGAGCCUCCAUCAACUGGGAGAAGAUCACACACACACCCAGCGGAGACGGAGACCGCCACACACACACACACACCGCUCUGGAACUGGCAAAGGUGGUGCUCCUCCUCUGUCAUCACUCGAUGGCUUCAGGUCUUUUUCACCUUCAGAGCCAAGAUUACAACACAGAGUUGGAACUGGUGUCGAUGUUCCGCCACAUCAACGAGAACGAGAGUGGCUAUUACCUGAAUGAGAACAUAGAGUGCUUUCUGAGCGGGAAGACGCUCCUGGACAAAUCCUCUUCCAGCAGCUCGUCAGACGUAGGCUCUCCGUUUCUGAACAGGAAGACCUCCGUUCGCUUCCUGGAGCUCAGCACUGUGGCCAGCAACGCCGUCAGCUCUCCCAUCCAGGAGCUGAUGAGUACGCCCCAGUACCAGCUGUCUCGUCUGCGUAGACAGGUGGUUCAGGAGGAGCAGGCGAGAGAUGAGCUGGAGAAAGAGCUGUCAACAUACAUGAGCAGGAUCCAGGAAAAGGGAUUGGAACGUGCUUGUUAG